UGCGUCACAUCAUAGCGACACACUCCGGUGCCAGGGACAGAGUCGAUUUAAACAGUAAAAACAUUCAGGUACAGUGUGGUACUUUUACGCCCUUUUCGGUGUUUCUUGUUUCACAAAACCUACACAAAUUAUGUCUGUAUUUCUAAAUGACAUGUUACAGUCAAACAAAAGAGAGCGCCAAGUGUUAUAAAAAAGUGUUAUUUACUAAGGAAGUCCAUAGGUUGCCAGUGGCAGGUUGUUAGCUUAGCAUAAGUUAGCACAAUGUGGACUCACGCACCUGCAAACCCAAACAGUUUGCUAGUUAUUGCUUGGUGGUGUUUGUGUUCUACACCACGGUCAAUAAUCCCUACAUCAAUCAAUACUUGAUAGUAACCUGUUGACACUUUCGUCACAUUUUUCUUGCUGAGUUGAAUGUCACUGUUGGAUUUGUUACUCAGCUAAUAAGCUAACCCACAGCUAGCUCGUGUCAAAGCGAACUACGCUAGCUAGCCUAGCAUACCAAAGGUUACUGUGACUAACGUGAUAGCUAUGCUAAAUAAAUUUAGCAAUGUGGCUAGCUAGCUACAUCCAUUAGCUUUAGCGUAGUCGAUAAAUGGCGCAAUGUUUUACUUUCAGAAUAGGUAACCAGGUAGGUAAAGUCUCAUUAAAUUGUGUGGAGGUUAUUAGCUAACACUAAUUGUCUAGCUAGUGCCUGCUAAUAAUUUAAUAUCAAAACUAGCCAACGUUAUGUACUUGUUUUAUUGCCACCACUGUGUGGCAAAUUUACUUAUUUGGGUGUCUAAUAUUGAUUGAACUAUAACGUACGAGUGUUACUGCAAUAGCGGUGUUUAGGCUACAUCGUUUUAACGUGGUCCUUCACUUGUGUUCAGUCGGAUAAUUAUGUUCACUUCGGUGUCCGGGUGAUCUAAAUCAAGGGAAUUGAGGGGUUCCUGUGCUGACUCAUGUGGCGGGUCCUUCUGUUGGUACUGUUAGGUCGAGCACGGUGAUAAUCUUCAACUAUCUUCUUAAAGGAUUCUAUCCCUUCUUGAUUGUUGGGGGAACUGUGGUCCGGUGUUAAAUUAAUCUAUUAAUAACUCUAACUACCUCUACUGCCAAUGCUACCCUAGUUAUUAGAAUGAUGUGACCUUUGGUCAGAUCGGAGUAAAAGGUAAAGGUGAGGACCUACCUUGCCCUGCUAGAGUUGGUGCCUUGCUAAACAGACAGUGUGUGGUUGCUAACUUACUGUCUCAUUACCUCAACGUUUACAAAUUGUCUUGAAGCUGUUAAUAUAAGUGACACACCACUGACAUGAUCAGUGAAUGAUCAAGUAUGAACAGGUUCUGUUGAUGAAUUGAAUCAAUGCUUACUCACAUGGUCAGGUGUACUCAAAUAGUCCGGUGGAUGGACACCCCCAGAUAUUUCACUGAAUUGACUUUUCCUCUUUUGCAGUUUGGGACCAAUAUCAUGGAGGCCACAGGGUUCUGUGGGAUGGAGGUGGCGACUCGGGGGCUAGUGGGGGGAUCUGGCAGCAGCUCCCCUCCAGAGCUGGACAGCCCAGGUUGCCAGGAGCAUGUGGGGGUGUUUGAGCUGGUCAGUGGCUCCUGCAGUGAGGAGGUGAGAGGGGAGACUCCAGGGAGAGAGGACUGCCCCCUGGACCCCAACAAUGCUGAGCUAGACCCAGGCAGGGGUGGCAAGAUCAAGGACCAAAAGGGAUUCGGUAGGUUGACACGAGACUCUGUCGUUGCCUUUCUAAAGUGUGUGGUAAUAUAAGGAAUCACUACACUGCAUGCUAUUAUGAUUAUUUUUGCCAAGUUAUUGAGAAUGCCCCUUCCUCUUCAACCAUGGCAAGUGGCUGAUCUCAUCACUUGUGGUGUUUUGUAACAGGAAAAGAGGUUCUCCUACUGAUGCAAGCCCUGACCACUCUAGCCUCCCCAGAGGAGAAGCUGGCCGCUUUGUGCAAGAAGUAUGCUGAUUCGGUAAGCGCUGGAAGCCGCCACACGUCUAUGCUGCUUUAAGUGAUUAUUUGCAUGUAAGAGUAGUUAAUUAAUUGCUGUGGGCCACUGCUAGUUGAUAAGCUAACAUGUUCAUCCCUGUUUGCUUUUUGAGUUUGUAUUCAUUAGGGCACGCCGUAGCAAAACUAUUUUGCAAUUUCUAAUUACACCAGUCCAGGUAGUUUUCAUCCAUUUCGUGCCUAAUGAACACUGAACAGGUCUCAUUUGAGUCCCUGUUCAAAUGGUGUUUAGGGUAUUACUACUCCGAUGUGUCCUGUGACAGCUUGAUUGACUGACUGACUGAUUGUUCGAAUGAUUUUCAGCUGGAGGAGAGCCGCAGUAUACAGAAGCAGGUGAAGGUCCUGCAGAAGAAGCAGUCCCAGAUGGUCAAGGAGAAGAUUCACCUGCAGAGUGAACACAGCAAGGCCAUCCUGGCACGCAGCAAGCUGGAGAGCCUCUGUAGGGAACUACAGAGACACAACAAGACCCUCAAAGUAGGUUGUGAGGAGAGUCCGUCACACAGCAAGUCAGUUAGUGGCUACUGUAUGCCUAUGUACUCAUUGAAUUAGAUAUAGAAUCAUAUAGGACCUCUGUGUGUGUCACAUUUUAUUCAUCACAUGCUCCGAACACAACUGGUGUAGACAUUACAGUGAAAUACUUGCUUAUGAACCUUUCCCAACAAUGCAGAGUUAAAAAUAGAAUCCACAAGUAUGGAGCUAUAUUCCAGGAGCACCAGUCACAUUCAGGGUUGGGUUCCAUUCAGGUUUCAAUUCAGUCAAUUCCGGAAGUGAAAACGCCUCCUAGAAAACAUUUUUAUGAAUGAAUUAAAUUUCAAUAGAAUUCAUGAAUUGAAAACAGAAUUGACCUCAUCCCUGUUACCAUUUUUUUUUGGAAAAUGUAACGCUUGCCGUCUCCCCUGUCAGGAUGACAACACGCAGCGGUCCAGGGAGUAUGAGGAGCGUCGUAAGGAGGCCACCCUUCACUUCCAGAUGACGCUGAACCAGAUCGAGGUACAGAUGGAGCAACACAACAUUCACAACUCCAAGCUGCGCCAGGAGAACAUGGAGCUGGCCCAGAAACUCAAGAAGCUCAUCAAACAGUACGAGCUCAGGGAGGAGGUAGGCGGUCGAGGCUGUACCUCUUUCUACCCUCUAUCUUUGUCUUUCUUUUCGCACGCGCACACUCUCUCUUCCUCCCAUUCUCUCUAUCUCUCUCCUCCCUCUCUCUCUAUACCCCUUCUGUCUCUUUAGUCAGGUGCCUAUGGCAGAUGCAGGCCUACAACAUGUAGGAGAAAUCUGAUUGGUACUCUGAUUAGAGGAUUACUGCAUGUUUCAACACUUAGUGGGAUUUAUUCAGGAUUUAGUUUGGAAUUGCCCAGAUGGAUGUUUUUUACUAGGUGUAUUUUUCAGCAUGUUAAAUGCAUUUAAGAGCCUCUGGAAAUCUGACUGCACAUUGACAUGGUGUUCUGCUCUGUCCUGUCUGUCGGUCUGUUCCCAGCACAUUGACAUGGUGUUCUGCUCUGGCCUGUCUGUCGGUCGGUCUGUUCCCAGCACAUUGACAUGGUGUUCUGCUCUGGCCUGUCUGUCGGUCGGUCUGUUCCCAGCACAUUGACAUGGUGUUCUGCUCUGUCCUGUCUGUCGGUCGGUCUGUUCCCAGCACAUUGACAUGGUGUUCUGCUCUGUCCUGUCUGUCGGUCUGUUCCCAGCACAUUGACAAGGUGUUCUGCUCUGUCCUGUCUGUUUCCAGCACAUUGACAAGGUGUUCUGCUCUGUCCUGUCUGUCUGUUCCCAGCACAUUGACAUGGUGUUCUGCUCUGUCCUGUCUGUCUGUUUCCCAGCACAUUGACAUGGUGUUCUGCUCGUCUGUCUGUCUGUUCCAGCACAUUGACAUUGGUGUUCUGCUCUUCCUGUCGGUCGGUCUGUUCCCAGCACAUUGACAUGGUGUUCUGCUCUGUCCUGUCUGUCUGUUCCCAGCACAUUGACAUGGGGUUCUGCUCUGUCCUGUCUGUCUGUUCCCAGCACAUUGACAUGGUGUUCUGCUCUGUCCUGUCGGUCGGUCUGUUCCCAGCACAUUGACAUGGUGUUCUGCUCUGUCCUGUCUGUCUGUUCCCAGCACAUUGACAUGGUGUUCUGCUCUGACCUGUCUGUCUGUCUGUUCCCAGCACAUUGACAUGGUGUUCUGCUCUGUCCUGUCGGUCUGUUCCCAGCACAUUGACAUGGUGUUCUGCUCUGUCCUGUCUGUCUGUUCCCAGCACAUUGACAUGGUGUUCUGCUCUGUCCUGUCUGUCUGUUCCCAGCACAUUGACAUGGUGUUCUGCUCUGUCCUGUCUGUCUGUUCCCAGCACAUUGACAUGGCGUUCUGCUCUGUCCUGUCUGUCGGUCUGUUUCCAGCACAUUGACAUGGUGUUCUGCUCUGUCCUGUCUGUCUGUUCCCAGCACAUUGACAUGGUGUUCUGCUCUGUCCUGUCUGUCUGUUCCCAGCACAUUGACAUGGUGUUCUGCUCUGUCCUGUCGGUCUGUUCCCAGCACAUUGACAUGGUGUUCUGCUCUGGCCUUUUAGUCAGGUGCCUAUGGCAGAUGCAGGCCUACAACAUGUAGGAGAAAUCUGAUUGGUACUUUGAUUAGAGGAUUACUGCAUGUUUCAACACUUAGUAGGAUUUAGUUUGGAAUUGCCCAGAUGGAUGUUUUUUACUAGGUGUAUUUUUCAGCAUGUUAAAUGCAUUUAAGAGCCUCUGGAAAUCUGACUGCACAUUGACAUGGUGUUCUGCUCUGUCCUGUCUGUCGGUCUGUUUCCAGCACAUUGACAUGGUGUUCUGUCCUGUCUGUCUGUCUGUUUCCAGCACAUUGACAUGGUGUUCUGCUCUGUCCUGUCUGUCGGUCUGUUCCCAGCACAUUGACAUGGUGUUCUGCUCUGUCCUGUCUGUCGGUCUGUUCCCAGCACAUUGACAAGGUGUUCUGCUCUGUCCUGUCUGUCGGUCUGUUCCCAGCACAUUGACAUGGUGUUCUGCUCUGUCCUGUCUGUCGGUCUGUUCCCAGCACAUUGACAUGGUGUUCUGCUCUGGCCUGUCUGUCUGUUCCCAGCACAUUGACAUGGUGUUCUGCUCUGUCUGUCUGUUCCCAGCACAUUGACAUGGUGUUCUGCUCUGUCCUGUCUGUCGGUCUGUUUCCAGCACAUUGACAUGGUGUUCUGCUCUGUCUGUCUGUUCCCAGCACAUUGACAUGGUGUUCUGCUCUGUCCUGUCUGUGGGUCUGUUCCCAGCACAUUGACAUGGUGUUCUGCUCUGUCCUGUCUGUCUGUUCCCAGCACAUUGACAAGGUGUUCUGCUCUGUCCUGUCUGUCGGCCUGUUCCCAGCACAUUGACAUGGUGUUCUGCUCUGUCCUGUCUGUCGGUCUGUUCCCAGCACAUUGACAAGGUGUUCUGCUCUGUCCUGUCUGUCGGUCUGUUCCCAGCACAUUGACAUGGUGUUCUGCUCUGUCCUGUCUGUCUGUUCCCAGCACAUUGACAAGGUGUUCAAGCACAAGGAGAAGCAGCAGCAGUUGGUGGAUGCCAAGCUCCAGAGGACAGCUGAGCUGAUGAGAGAGGUGGAGGGGAAGCAGCAGAGAGAGAGAGACUUUGUGAGUCCCACUGCCAUGGGUCAUUAUUCUGAAGAUGUUCUAGAUGGCGACAAAUAACUGGAGGCCUGUGUUCCAUAGGGCACACAACUGAAAACAUUUUAUAAUAUAAUAUGCCAUUUAGCAGACGCUUUUAUCCAAAGCGACUUACAGUCAUGUGUGCAUACAUUUUUACGUAUGGGUGGUCCCGGGGAUCGAACCCACUACCCUGGCGUUACAAGCGCCAUGCUCUACCAAUUGAGCUACAGAGGACCAAUUGGAACUUAAAAUGAGGUCCAGGUGCCUAAUGAACACAACCCAGGACAGAGUAUUUGUUUAUCUCUGUAAUAACUGGAAGUGAGUGACAGUUAGUAGUCUGUUUGCAUUGAUUGAAUUGGUUGACUGUUUGUCAGAAGUUGUGACCAUUUCCGUCUCCUGUUCAGCUCCUGAAAGACGCCACAGAGUCCAGACAUGAGUGUGAGCUGAUGAAGGAACAGGAGACUCAGCUCAAACAGCAGGUAGCUAGCUGCCUUUUCUUUCCAUGUUCUGUGUCAGUCAGUUUAUAUUGAUGAGGACUAUGUUAAUAUGUUUAUAUUGAUGGGGACUAUGUUUAUAUGGAUCGUGACUGUAUGUUAUGACUGAAAUGUUAUGUCCGGAGACACUUGAAACCCCACCUCUUUAAGGAAUACCUGGGAUAGGAUAAAGUAAUCCUUCUAUCCCCCCCUUACCCCACCCCAAAGAAAGAAAAAAAAUAAAAAUAUUGUAAAGUGGUGAUCCCACUGGCUAUAAGGUGAAUGCACCAAUUUGUAAGUCGCUCUGGAUAAGAGCGUCUGCUAAAUGACGUAAAUGUAUUUGUGGUUUUUAGCUCUCUCUGUACAUGGACAAGUUUGAGGAGUUUCAGACCACUCUGGCGAAAAGCAACGAGGUGUUCACUACCUUCAGACAGGAGAUGGAGAAGGUUUGGAACAAAAUAUUUAACAUAAAACACCCUUGUGUUUCUUUGGUAUAUAGCUGGAAGGGGUUUAGAUCUGUAGACCUCUCUAUAGCUGGAAGGGGUUUAGAUCUGUAGACCUCUCUAUAGCUGGAAGGAUUUAGAUCUGUAGACCUCUCUAUAGCUGGAAGGAUUUAGAUCUGUAGACCUCUCUGUAGCUGGAAGGGUUUAGAUCUGUAGACCUCUCUGUAGCUGGAAGGAUUUAGAUCUGUAGACCUCUCUAUAGCUGGAAGGAUUUAGAUCUGUAGACCUCUCUAUAGCUGGAAGGGGUUUAGAUCUGUAGACCUCUCUAUAGCUGGAAGGGUUUAGAUCUGUAGACCUCUCUAUAGCUGGAAGGGGUUUAGAUCUGUAGACCUCUCUAUAGCUGGAAGGAUUUAGAUCUGUAGACCUCUCUAUACCUGGAAGGAUUUAGAUCUGUAGACCUCUCUGUAGCUGGAAGGAUUUAGAUCUGUAGACCUCUCUAUAGACCUCUCUCUAUCUUUCUUCUGUUCUCCAGAUGACCAAGAAGAUCAAGAAGCUGGAGAAGGAGACGACUGUGUGGAGGACCAAGUGGGAGACCAACAACCAGGCUCUGCUACAGAUGGCUGAGGAGGUGAUGAGAAACCCUUCCAUCUUACUUCAUCAUUUACAAAUAAUAGCAGAGAUUUUUUUAUUGUACGGUCAAAUUUCACAAUGAAGUAUCUCAACGAAUGAUGUCACUUAAUGAUAGAAUAUCUGAUGUUGAAUGUGGUUUACUGUUUGUCCUCUCCAGAAAACAUUGCGGGACAAACAUUACAAGGGCCUGCAUGGGAAGCUGGAGCGCCUGGAGAAACUGUGCCAGGCCUUGCAGAUGGAGAGGGACGACCUCACCACCAAACUGGGAGAACUACAGUCAACAACCACGGAGGAGGAGGAGGGGCCUCCAGACCCCCAGCCCAACCAGGAGUCUACCCAGGAUGAGCUCUCUCCGCCUGGGAGGGGGGAAGAGACACAGCCCCCUACUACCCCUGAACUGGAGCCAGAGACCUCCACAACAGAGCAACUUGACAACUGA